AUGGGCGUCAAGGAGGUUUUGCCCAUACUCCAGAAGAACAAGGCGGUGCGGGAGGCCGCCAAAAAGUUCGCGCAGGCCGCCACCCAAGCUGCUGCGGGCAGUCAGUCUCCCGUCGUCAAGCUGAUCCAGGCCGGGUACGGCCUUUACAGCGUCGGCAACAGCAUCAGCAGGGGCGGCAAUGUGGAGGAGAACAUCAACGCUCUGCUCCCCAAGGUCGGCGAUGUGGCCGGGGCGGUUAUGGAGUUCAUCCCCUCCAUGCAGGUCAUGGGGAAGUGCGUCUGCGACAGCGCCAAGGUCUUCACGUCCUUCAGCUCCAUGGCGACGGUGGUGGGCAUCGGCGCCAACAUCAUCGUGACCUACCAGGGCGUUCAGGCCCUCGAGCUGAUCGGCGCUCGGCUCCAGGAUAUUUCGACACACCUUGCCGCCCAGAAUGCUCUGCGGGCGCAGAGGGAUUUCCCAGGCUAUGUGUAUAAGAUGAUUCAGCAGCGGCUGGGCGAGACGAUGGACGAUGCGGCGUGCGAUCACUGGUUUUUCCUCUACCACCCAGACAAUGACUGGUAUCCCGAGUUCUACCAUCUUCUCGAGAAGAACCCCGUUGGGCCUCGCUUCUGCGGUUAUACCAACCAGAUUGAUACCGCCUUCGUCUUCAUGUUAGCGACAAGACGGCGCCAAGUGGAGAAGGAGAGGAGAGCCCAGGAAGCAGGCAAGUCAGUACGGCCUGUUAGGAUCCACCUCUUGAUUCCAGCCUACCAGCCCAUCCUCAUUGCCGAACCACUCCGAAUCCCUAGAGAAAUGGGCGACUUUGUUAUGGAGGGCCGAAUCAACUCAAACAAGGAAUUCGUAUGGUUCAACUUGCCCCAGGAACAGCGACACCACGUCUUGGAUAUUGGCCUCUGGGUCCCUCCCCCUCAAGGAUGGUGCGACUGGGCACUGUCGAGCAUGGGGCUAAAAGUCCCGCCCAGAUUGAUGCCACGAAGAGUUUUAGGCCAGAGGCAGAAACUGCGGCUAGGCAAAGGAGGCGAAAUCGAACAAGUGCAGGGUAUUGACGGGGACGACGGCCCGUCUUCUGCUGUCGAUAUCUCCCCUGCAGGAGUAGAGCGCCGUAGCCGUGCGACAGCGUUGGACAGGCGACCCAGGAAACAACGGCGUCGGGCACAAAGCGAGCAGCCCAAAGCUAAAUGA